UGUCAAGUUAAGAGUCAGAUUGCGUUGGUUCUCGUGUGUGGCUGUCAGCAGCAGCCUCAGUGGAAGUCCACUGCUUCGGUCUGGGAUUUCUUGCGUGUUCUGAAUCAGAUGAGAAGCUCGUUACGCGCGUCUACCUGCGCACACUGAACCCUUUGCCUUUGGAUAUUGCUGCCACCUAAAACGCGCCCGCACACUUCAGUCUCGUGGUAUUUUUUGUAUUUAUUUUUUGCUUUUGAAUUGAGCUGCUGUGUAAUAAACAACGAGCCCGAGGGAAGACUCAUCACAAAACUUUAAAGAAGACUUUGCAACUUUGGAGUUAACAUCCAGAAGGGGGGUAGAUCGGCGGGGGGAGUUCAUGUGGUUUAUCAUCUGACAGAAGCGGGGGCAUUUUCUUUGGGAAACUUACAGAAGGCUUAUUUUUUUUUAAACAUGUUCAGCAAGUGCUCCGUUGUGUUGUUGAAUGUCCUCUUUCUGGUGCGGGCGCUCUCGGCUCAUGAGUGCACGCCGUGUAAUCUCCGGACUUGUCCCGUCAAAGCCCCGCACGGCUGCGAGGGUGGCCGGACCUUGGCCAGGGAUCCGUGCGGGUGCUGUGACCAGUGCGCCCGGCUAGAGUGGGAACCCUGCGGCGGACAGGACUGGGCGCACGGCUACUGCGCCCUCGGGCUGACCUGCGCCUCUUUCAACACAACCAGAGCGGCCACGAUCCCUGAAAUUGGAGUGUGUAAAGAGCUCCCUGACCAUCCAGAGGCAGGCCUGGAGGACGAGCGCUGUCCCCUGAUAACAGGCUGCGACAGAGCUGGAGGUCAAUGUGUGUGUGAUGCCCGUCACUCCUGCUUGGAAUCUUUUACCUACCCAGACCAAGAAACCUGCAUGAAGUCCAGUAAGUCAGAGGGUCGCAGGCACGAACACCGGGAAAGACACAGAGAAAAGUAUGUGGGACCAUCCAAUCCGGCCUGCAUGUUCUCUGGGUGUAACCUGACCGCUGAGGGCUGUGUGUGCGAGUCUCAGAGCUGCCACCACCACUUCGCCUACAUCAACCGCAGCCAGUGCCAGGAAGCCGCAGAGGAGCUGAAGUGUGCCGGGGUGACGUGUCCCGCUCUGCAGGUGCCCUCUUGCCCCAAGGGUUCGGUCCUGACCAAGAGUUACACGCCCCCUGCUGGUUGCUGCCCAUCAAUACCACCCCAGUGCACUUGCGACCUCCGUGCCUGUCACAAGCCCCAGUGCCUGAGCGGACAGCGCGCCGUGCCACUCAGCCAGGCCAGCGGCCAGCCAGGAGACUGCUGUGAUGUCUUUGAGUGCCAGAAAGUUUCUCCCAAGUGUGUCCACAAUGGGAAGGAGUUUUCAGAGGGAGAGGUGUACCGCAUGGACCCCUGCUGGCUGUGUCAGUGCCGGGGAGGGAUCUCCUUCUGCUCCAAGGCAGAGUGUGCUGAGCUGGACUGUGAAAACUUCUACAUUCCCGAAGGGGAGUGUUGCCCUGUCUGCAUUGAUGUGGAGUUACUGUCGAUGGACAGCACCAAGGCCAGUUGCUGGGUGAAUAAUAAGCUGCGAGCCCACGAGGAGCAGUGGAAAGAGGACGACUGCACCUUCUGCCAGUGUGUGGAUGGAGACCCCCACUGCACGGCUAUGGCCUGCAAACAAAGCUGCCAAAACCCUGUCAAAAUCCCUGGAGAGUGCUGUCCCUUCUGUGAAGAGCCUUCUUACGAAACAGUUAGCCCCAUGCUGUGCCCUCCCUUGGAAAACUGCUCCUUGUCAGGGAAUGACUGUCCCUAUGGUUUCCAACAAGACAAAAAUGGAUGUCUGCUCUGCCAGUGUCUUAGUAAUGACUCCUGCCCUGACCUGGGUAAAUACUGUUCCCUGCAAUGCCCAAUGGGAUACGAGAGGGAUGACUUUGGCUGUGAGGUGUGUGAGUGCAGCAUCCCCAUGCCCAAGUGCCGACCUUUGACCUGCACUAAGACCUGCCCCUAUGGAUAUGUGAGGAACAAGCAUGGCUGUGAGAUGUGCCGCUGUGUCAAGUGUCCUCCCUUCACCUGUGACAAGCACUGCAGUGACGGCUAUCGACAGAACAGGAAGGGCUGCUCCAUCUGCAUGUGUAAAGAAAGUGGCCAUGUCCCAAGCACCACUGCCCCGGCCCCAAUGCCCAGCUAUUGCCUCACCUCCAACGGGCACCGAUACGAGGAAGGUGACGGCUGGCACGAUGGUUGUCGCGACUGCUACUGCCACUCCGGGCGGGAGAUGUGUGUGCUCAUAUCUUGCCCUGUGCCCAGCUGUUCUCAUCCAGUUGUAAGGCCUGACCAGUGCUGCCCUACGUGUGAAGAUGAGUCAGGCAGUGGUCAGCCAGAGGGGAUGGACAUGGUGGUGUGCAGAGCUCCUGGGGGGGAAUUUUACGUGGAGGGGGAGACUUGGAACCUGGACGAGUGCACACGCUGCACCUGCAGGAAGGGACGUGUCCUGUGCGACACUGAAGUGUGUCCCCCAGCUCUCUGCCAGACACCAAUCAGGAACAAGGACACCUGUUGCCACGUAUGCCCAGACGAGUCGCUGAGCCCCUUGCUGCCAGUGAACACCAGCCAGCAGGAGUACUGCAUAACCAACGAUGGAGACGUGCUGCUGGCUGGAGACUCCUGGAAAGCCAAUGCCUGCACCAGCUGCACCUGCAACAACGGCACCAUUCAGUGUUUCUCUCAGCGCUGUCCGGCUGCCAACUGCAGGGUGCCCGUCUUACGUAAGGGCCAGUGCUGCCCACACUGUCUCGAAAUUACAACGUCGGUGCCGGUGAUGGUGUCUACCAACGCCCCCAAGACAGCAGUCACUGUUACAGUGGAGAGCGCAGUGUGGAUCACCACUGCCACUGUACCACCCAUCAUUGCUGAUAUAGAUGAGCCAGGUUUGGGUGAGAAUUACCCCAGCCAAACAGAGAUGGCCCUUAUCUACCAAUCGGCAGCCUGGAUCCUGGCGGGUCUCCUGCUGGCCAUCAUCAUCUUCCUUAUUGUGGCGUUACUCAUCAACAAGAAAAAGAAGUGGGUGCAGAUGUCCUGCUACAGUGCACCAAAGAAGACGGUGAUCCUGAAGAAGCAUGUAAACAAGAACUCGGUGGUCUACAUGGAGCCCUCCAAGGAGAACAAAUUUCAGAAUGUGAAGAACGACUGCGGCAUCAUCCAUUUCUCUUCAGAAAUGAGCUCUCCCUGUGCGGACAAGAUGACCAUCCCCAGAGCCAAGCUGAGCAUGGGCAACGACUGGACGCCGCGCUAAAAAACCCCACCACCGCUCAAUCCCUGCAGAUCAGAGCUAUCCGACACCUCCCACUCUCUCUUACUGCUGUAUCCAAGGUGAUUAGUGCAACAGUGCACACACACACACACCUUGGGCGCCGCCUUGUUCCCACCCUUCUCUCUCUGUGUGACUGUAAAACUGAGGAUGCUCUACGAGAGACAAAGCAAGCAACCUCUGUUUCUUUUAUUAUGUGUCCUUAUUUUUCUGUGUUUGGGUCUUUGGGUGGAGUGAGACGUUGGGAGGUGGAUGGACACAUGAACAUACAAAGGACACAUCCACUCUGGGCUCUGCUUUAAAACAGAGAAGGAGGCAGCCAGAGAGGCUCCUCUGUCAGAAUCAGACUUUGACUGUGAACAUUGUAAUAUAAUUGCUUAUUUAUUGCCUCCUUUUGAAACUGGAAUUUUGAGGCAAUAUGAGGAGCAUAAAAAGCUUUAGGACAGGGGUUUGGGCUGUAGUUUAAAGGGGGUAUGGAGGAUGAUGCCCUCCCGAGUUCAGCAGUGCUUCAUGGAUGUAAUCAUUUUGAUCAGCAGGGAGGCCAAAGGAACUGAUAAUCCAGUUGGAUCACAUUGGGUUCAGCAGCCAAAUCAUAAUCACCAGGCUUUAUAUAGACCCCCAGAUCCAAACCCCUGCUUUAGAAUGUGUGGUUUCCAUCUUAGUUUUUGUAUAUUUCUACAGUAUUUGUACUUGUUGUAGUGUUGUUCUUGGCCACCUCUUGUUUUUAUUAUGGGUGUCUCCGUGGGGCCAGAUUGAAACAUUUUUGAAAAUGCCAGUCCAAACAUUCCCCCCGAUCAAGUUCAGGAAGGACAUGCUUCCCAAAUAAUAGCCUUGUUCCUACCUUCAAAUGACCCGAGCCAUUCCAUUCAGAGAACUCCCAACAACAAACUGUAAUUCUACCAAAUGAAAUAUGUGAAGUCCUUCUCUGAACGUACCCACGAUACAGUAGGCCACAGCCUUAUUCAUCGUCCGACCUCGGCUCUUCCAGAAGGAAUCAGUCGUACUUAAUCAUCUCAAAAAUUGCAGAGAUGAAGUUGAAGCGCAGUGAUGUUCAUCCAGGAAGAAUGUCAUUUUAUGGACUGCAGCGGAGACAAAAUGGUGCCAGACUCUUCAUCUGGACCUGUGAGGAAUGUCUUUGAUACCAUGCCUCACUUCAUAACUUCAUUCACAGCUGUGUGUGUGUGUGUAUGUAUGUGUGCUUGUGGAGCUACUGUUCACACCGAAUGUUAGCAAUGGUUAGUUAUGAUUCAUUUUAAAGCCUUAAUUCUAUAGCCUUAAUGUAUUUUCUUUGUUGAUAUCUUGUUUUCAUUUAAUAACUGUGUAAGCUCAUAUCAAGCAAUCUAAAAACAGUAAUAUAUUCACCCAAUGUUAAAAUGAACAGAUUGUGUUGUACAGCGUCACUGAUGGUUCUCAUCAUAUACAAGUGAAUUAUGUGAUGCAAAGACAGAGUGUAAGGGGAGCUUGCUAGUAACUGUACAUAAUGGUACACGUUACAAAAAUCAGAGCAUGUUAAAGAGACGUAGCACUUUUCUUUGGAGCCAGUGGUUGUUUUUAAAAAAAAACUCACUGCAGGAUUCUUGGAGGGAUAAAGGCCCUAAUCGGGGAUUUGAUAGGCAUAUUAAGCUCACGGAGAUGUUAAACCACUCAAGUGAACACGCUGUUGCAGCUAGAGGCUUCGUACCAAUCUGAUCAGCACAGAGGACAGAAUCUGAAAAAGCGUUACGCAACAAACUGGGGUUUCAUAGGAAAAGGUUUUGGAUCAUAGUUCUCAAUCCAUUGCCAGUUUCUCAAUACAAAGACCAUUCUGAUGCCAAAAUUGGUUGGAGACCAAUUUAUAUUGAAGUGUUUUAGUAACUCGGUAGAUUUGUGUCUGUUUGAAUCAUGACCAUGUGCUUUAAAAUGAAGAGGCGACUGUAAAAGCUUACACAAUUCUUUGUUCUUCUAUGUGUAAAAAAAAAAAGUAGUUUAAAUUAGUAGGACAGAAGAGUACCUUAUUUAUUUUUUCACAUAGCUUUAUUUAUUAAUACUAUAGUUUGAGAUUUUUUUUGAAAAAUGAACUUUUGGUAGCCAAAGCUGCUGUACAUUGUAGACUAUUUACCAUUUCUAUCUGCUAUAUUCUACACAACCUUAUUUAUUUCACUGUUGCAAACCCUGUAAAUAUGUUUCCUAGAUGAUGAACUGUAACAUUUACACUUAUUUUGAAAAAUAAACGUGUGAACCA